CAACAUUGACGAUCUGGCGGCGGUGCUUUCUGACAACGUUGUUGGUAAUGGGAUAGUCACCGGCAUUGACGAUCUGGCGGCGGUUCUUUCUGACAACGGUGUUGGUAAUGGGGUGGUCAGCAACAUUGACGAUCUGGCGGCGGUUCUUUCUGACAACGGUGUUGGUAAUGGGGUGGUCAGCAACAUUGACGAUCUGGCGGCGGUGCUUUCUGACAACGUUGUUGGUAAUGGGAUAGUCACCGGCAUUGACGAUCUGGCGGCGCUGGUUGUCAAUAGCGCUAGCGACGUGAUAGUCAGUGACAUCGGUAGGCUGAGGACCAUUAGUCGGGAUGGGAGAAGCAGUAGGAGCAGGGGAAGCAGCGGCAAGGGCCAAAAGAGCGAGAACGGGGAUAAAAAGCUUCAUUGUUGAGUAUUGAUUAAAAAGCUAAAAGGUAGAUGAGUGGGUAGGGUGUAUUAAAAGUAUUAGCGUGGAGAAAGAUAGAAAAAAAGCUGGGUGUUUUUGUUUGCGUGUGCG